AACACGCAAUUAUCGAUCUCUGUCUUUCGCGACAAAAAAUCUGAAUCAUGGACUCCUCCAAAUCUCCACCACCCACAGCGCCACCCGCCACAGGCACUCCCCUGCCACCACCACCCCCCACAGCCCCUGCCGCGAGCUAAUGGCGGCGUCCCUGGACCGUGGUCCACUGGCCUUUGUGACUGUUUCUCCGAUGUUCCCAAUUGUUGCAUAACAUAUUGGUGCCCCUGCAUAACUUUUGGACAGGUAGCUGAGAUUGUAGACAAAGGAUCCACUUCUUGUGGGACAAGCGGCGCAUUAUAUGCUCUAGUAGCGUUCAUCUCGGGAUGCCCAUGUAUAUACUCGUGCUUCUAUCGGUCGAAGAUGCGAAAGCAGUAUAUGCUGACGGAAAGCCCAUGCAUUGAUUGUCUGGUUCACUUAUGCUGCGAGUGUUGCGCCUUGUGCCAAGAGUACCGCGAGCUCAAACACCGUGGAUUCGACAUGACUCUAGGAUGGCAUGGAAAUAUGGAAAAACAAAAUCAAGGAGUGACGAUGGCCCCAUACGUUCAAGGAGGAAUGAGAAGAUAAGUGUCGAUCAAGGCUAACCAAUAUUCACUGUGAUACUAACUCCCGAUUCUACUACUCAUUGUUGUUUAGUUGAACACUUAAAUUUCUGUAUGGUAAUAAUAUAUGUUUUUCGUGCUAAAUGCAAUUUAACUCAUGUGAU